CUGUCGGUGUGUAAGGAGCUGCAGCUUCCCGACAGCGAGUACAACUACACGGCCGACCUGGUGGCCGUUUCCUCCGCCGCUCCUCUGGAGGCGGCCGGCGUUCAGUCCAUCUCCGUGCUGGUCCUGUCUGUGGAGGGAACGGCCCGCCUGUGGCCCAGUCUGUCUCAGGAGGGGAACUUCACCGAGACAGACGUGGACCUGGGGGACCUCUGCAACUUUGUGCUCGCUGUCAAAGGCGGGAGCUUCAUCUUGACCUCAGAGAAGAACCAUCUCAUGAGAGCGAGUGUAGACUCUUCUGGAAAGCUUCAGUACCGCGCGCUGCAGCGAGGGCAGGGCGUUCUCUCUGGGAUCGGACGCAGAGUCUCCAGUCUGUUCGGCAUGCUCUCCCCGCCGGCCAACGACACG